CCUAGGGAGAAGCUAUAGCGCCAUGGAGCCAACCUCCAGUGUGGCAGAGCUGGCCAAAAACAGUGAGGAUAUCGAAACGGACGCCUCCAAGGUGGCGGACCAUCAGGAGUACGCCGAAGCCCUCUCAAUGUCCGGCCAAAGUCGCAGUAAACGUCGCUGGAAUCGGAGGUCCUGCUGCACCCGAGAGGUCCUAAGUGUGGCCGCCAUUUGCAUCGCCCUGCUGCUCAUCAUCGGCGCCAUUUACAUGCACUUAAGACAGAAGCAUCAUCUGGGCCGACUGCACAUCAAUCUCAAGGAUCGGGGGAGGCUGGACGCCUUGGAGGAGGACUUUCCCGUGGUCACCGCCUCGGGUGUGGCUGCCCAGACGAUAACAACAUUCCCGGAAUCUCCAACGCAGCUGAGCGUCCAGUGCCUGGCCUGCAUCGCCACCACGGCCACGAAUAACACUCGAGCCAUCUGCAAGAACCGAGGGCGGAGUGAGGAGCCGUGCGGCAUUUAUCGCAUCUCCCACGGCUACUGGCAGGACACACUGGGGAUAAUUGACCCGGGCGACUCACUGGCACAGGAGUACGAAGGAUGCGUGGUGGAUGACCAGUGUGCCGGGACCAUUGUGCGUGGCUAUGUGCAGCGAUAUGGAGCCGAUUGCAACGGAGACGGGCGGAUCGAGUGUCGGGAUCAUGUGAGUCUGCACAUGCGAGGACCCGGCGGCUGUCGGAGGCAGGAACCUCUGGAGGGCCCGGCUGCAAGCCGCUUGGAAAACUGCCUGAAAUACAUGGGGAUUGAAUAGGACCGACUGCUCGUUUAUUGUUUCAACUGCAGGCGCUGCAUUAUGGGUCGCCAGUAGAGGGUUAGCACAAAGAGACCGACGAACUCGUGGAAUAGCAGCAG